UACGAACGGACCAAUCCGGUUUACCUGCACUUAAGUGAGGGAUUUCCAUGUCAUAUGCACCAUCGCAGUGCGAAGCGCCACCUGGGGGAAAGAGAGAGUACGAAAACGAGACUGCAGGCGCUGUAACCAAACAAAAUUAAAAAAGUGAUCAAGAAUGGAGUCCCAACUAACUGCCCCUGAUAUUGGCGUGGUGGUCGGGUACUUUGUUAUCGUCAUUGGCGUUGGCAUGUUUGCGAUGUACCGAGCUAACCGAGGGACAGUGAGUGGAUAUUUCCUCGCCGGGCGAUCCAUGUGGUUUCUACCUAUUGGAGCCUCUCUGUUUGUCAGCAACAUUGGAACGGAGCAUUUCAUUGGUCUAGCUGGAUCUGGGGCUGCCUCCGGCAUCAGUGUGGGAGCCUGGGAAAUAAACGCUCUCUUGUUCCUACAACUUCUAGGAUGGGUCUUCAUACCAGUCUACAUAGCUUGUGGGACGUACACAAUGCCGGAGUAUCUGUCGAAGAGAUUUGGAGGUCAGCGAAUACGAGUUUACUUCGCCUUCCUCUCUUUGGUUCUCUACAUCUUCACAAAAUGUUCCGGUGAUCUUUUAACUGGAGCGUUCUUCAUUCAGCAGAGUAUGAAAUGGGAUCUGUACCUGUGUAUUUUCCUUCUCGUUCUCAUCACGGCUAUACUCACAAUUACAGGAGGGUUAACAGCCGUCAUCUACACAGACACCCUACAGGCACUGCUUAUGGUCGGUGGCUCCAUCUACUUAACAGUGGCAGCGUUCUAUAAAAUCGGAGGUUUCAGCGGUCUUCUUGAAAAAUAUCCCCAGGCAGUUCCUAAGAAUGUGUCUUCGAUUGUCGUGAAUGAGACUUGUCAUUACCCAGACAAACAGGCCUUCCGAAUGUUGAGAGAUGCUGAUGAUGACUAUAUGCCAUGGCUGGGGUUCCUUCUAGGACAGACUCCUGGUUCCCUCUGGUACUGGUGUACCGAUCAGGUGAUUGUCCAGAGAGCGCUGGCGGCGAAGAGCAUUUCCCACGCCCAGGGUGCCGUGGUGAUGGCCGGAUUCCUCAAGAUUCUGCCCAUGUUCAUCAUGGUGAUGCCAGGAAUGAUUAGCAGAAUUCUCUAUCCAGAUGAAGUGGCUUGCACAAACCCAGAGUGGUGUUACCAGGUGUGUCAGAGUAGAGCUGGCUGUAGCAGCAUCGCUUACCCUCGUCUCGUCCUGGGUAUCAUGCCUGAUGGUGCACGUGGGUUGAUGAUGGCCGUGAUGAUUGCCGCUCUGAUGAGUGACCUUGACUCCAUCUGGAACAGCGCCAGCACCUUGUUCACCAUCGACAUCUGGAAACGUUUCCGCAAACACGCCAAGGUCACCGAACUCAUGGUCGUCGGAAGGUUGUUCAUUCUUGUGAUGGUCGGUCUCUCCAUUGCCUGGGUUCCUGUCAUCAAGGAGACGCAGGGAGGCCAAGUGUUUGUUUAUAUUAACGAGAUUACAAAUUACCUGGCGCCGCCAUUCGCUGCGGUUUUCAUUCUGGCAGUUUUUGUGCCUUUUGUUAAUGAAAAGGGUGCAUUCUGGGCCCUGAUUGUGGGUUUCGUGGUUGGCCUGGUGCGACUGAUCCUCGUGUUUGUCUACCAGAACGACACGUACUGCGGCAAGGAGACCGCUCUACCGGCGAUCAUCAGACGCUUUCACUACUUCUACUUCUCCUUUUUCCUCACCACCCUCACGGCCGCCAUUGCUCUCGUCAUCAGCUACCUCACUGGAGGCUCCGACGAUAAAUAUCUGGUUCGUACUACAUACUGGACGCGUUAUGAUAAGCAUCAUCUGGAGCACGUCUUUGAAGCCGAUCUCGAGUCUAAGAACACGCAGGCCAACAACAGCAUCGCCAUGGGCGACGUCGCCAUUGUCGACUGCCCAGAGAGCAAGCUGCCAGUACUGGAUGAAGAUGACAACAUUAAACGCUGCGAUGUAGUGGACUCGGAGACGAAAGUGUUGAAAGAGCCAGAACCAGACAGUAUCAACAACCCCGAGAAGAAAGCUAAGGUCAGCUGCGGUCGUCGUGUCUUCAACUACAUCAUGGGCAUCAGCAGCGUCGACGAUGGUGACACCGAGACCCACCAUAUGAUGGCCCAUCUGGAGAAAGUGGCUCAGCUACAUCAGAGCAAACCCGCCAAGGUUUUCCUCACCGUCGGUCUGUGUGCCAUCCUCACCAUCACCACAGUCAUGUACGUCUUCUGGUCGGUGUACAAGUUCGACACGGCACCGUUUUAUCCCAUGGGUGCAACAAAUGAGACUCUUUUGCCAGGAGACUUUAUUCCCAAAAUUGCUAGUUAACCGCAAUGUCAGUCGGUGUCAGAAGAUGCUAGCAAAUGUGUGUGUGAAAG